AUGGCCAAGUCAAGAAUUACGCCAGAAAAAUACUCUGGGACAACUCAAGUUGAGCACUUUGGAAAGUUAUUAAAUGAACUAUCCAAAUUAGGAACUGUUAUCUCGACAAGCUUUGGACCAUUAGGCAGGUUAAAAUUCUUGCAGACAAGCCAAGGUGGUCACGUAACGGUUACAUCUUCCAGCAAAAGGAUUUUAAAUCAAUUACCACCUGGACACCCAGUAAUGCAUAUUAUUAUAUCUGCAGUCCGAGAACAUCUCGCUCGAUUUGAUGACGGUGGAUUAUUUCUUAUCCAAUUAACAAUCAACCUUAUUACUUCUGCCUCCCGGCUUUCUAUCCCCAAUCAUUCCAUUAUUGCCUGCUACGAAUUUAUUUUAAAGUGCUGCAUUGAUUUCUUUCAAAGUGAUACCUGCCCGUGUCGAAUUAAUGUUGAUAUUAGCAGCAUAAAAACAAUGUUAGCAUUUAUGAAGAGCAUACUAUGCACUAAACCGACUUGCACGCUGAACGAUAGUGAAAUAAGUCACUUAUCAUUACUAUUGAUUAAAGGAUUUGUAAAUGCUAUCCCCUCACCAACAAGUCAAGAACAGUUUUCACUACAAGAAUGCAUUCAAUUUAUACACUGUUAUGGUGAAAGCGCUUCGGAAUCGAAACUUUUAGAUGGAAUAUUGAUCGAUAAUUCAUUCACUCUUCGAAAUGAUCGUGACUCCUAUGCAAAUAAAUUUCAAUUUUUAAGAUUGCCCGAUAAUACAAUUCGUGUCAUUCUUUUCAAUAUAUCGCUAGCGGGAGAUCCUGAAGACAGUUUACCAGAAAAUAUAACUUUAAUUGCAACAAAGGACGACAGGAGUUUAAAACUUUCAUCUAUAGCAAUGGAAAGGUUUAGACGAUUAAUAGAAAUUUUGAAAGCUAAUCAUGUCGGAUUUGUUGGCUGUCAAAAGUGUGUCCAUCCUACUUUUAAAUUAGCCCUAGAAACCAAUGGAAUAUUCGUUUGCGACCGCUUAUCCAUUUUAAACAUAGGAAAGCUUCUUAAAUCUGAUACCCUCAAAGUACAAUGGAAGAAAUAUUUCAACUAUCGCUAUCAUCUCGAAGGAUGA